CCCAACUCAACCACAUCAUCAUCAUCAUCAUCAUCAUCUCGCGCUGGUAGCGUCCUGGCCUGCCCAUCAUGGCAGUGCCGAGUCAUCAUUCGGACUCAGAUGCUCCGGACGCUGGCAGAGCCAGGAUCUUCUGGCAUCCGACUGCAGAUCGUUCCUUGGCCAUCCACCUGCCACUGCGCCUUCCUGAUCGCCCAAAGUACGUCUCGUCCAUCCGUCGUCAUGGCGGCAAAGUCGCAGAUCGAUUCGCCAAGGCAGACAUCGUCGUCAUCGAUACCGAGACGGCAUCCAUGUCAGAUCAGGCACGAGAGCUCUUUCGCUCUGUCCACAAUCUACCCACACCUCUGCCCUGCGUGGGACCAAAUUGGGUCACAGACUCGGUCAAGGCCUCCCUCGUGCAGAACACAAGCAACCCAGCCUACUCACCGAUCACGCAGCUCGACGAAAUGGAGCAACGCAUCAAGCGACAGCGCGAAGCUCAAGAACUCUCGGACCGUCGCAUGGCGCAGCUGAUGCGUACCGAGGCAUCCAAGAAUCCUUCUCUGGGAGUCAUGUACCAACCCGUCAACCGACCGGGCAAACAACCCUACACCGUCGUGGAUCGCUACAAUGCCCUCGAGGAGCUCAUGAUCACGCCGCACGCAUUUGGUGGGCGUAAGAUCGCCGAGGUGCUCACGGCUAAGCAUGGCAGACAUACUCCCGGUUCCUGGGUCUCGUGGCUCCGUGACAACAUGGCGAGAGGUGUCAACCUGAUGGCCAAGUUGGACGAGUAUAAGCAGACGGGCGUCAAUCCUAUCAAACUGCCGGCGAGGCUCAAGAUUGGAGAGAAUCAAUACGUCGGAGAGGCGUUCAACAUCCCAGAGGGAGAACCAUCCACGUCAGGAGCAGCUGCAUCGCCUUCGUCGAGGAAGGUCGCGCCGCGCGCUCAGCACGACGACGCAGACGGCUUUGAAGGCGAGGACGAGGAUGAUCCGAUCGUCUCGAGCUCAGGCGCACCUGCGGGAGGCACGGCUCGUCGCGUACAGCCACCAACGCACCCGCCAACCAAUAGGAGCGUGCUAGGCUACCGUCCGCAUGGCAUCGUCGACCGGGUAGACGAGAUGGUGGAAGAGAGGCGGGCAGCAGUACAGGAGGAAGCGAUGCGUCGCGCCGCCGGCGUGCGGGAAGAGAGCAGGCCCGUGGACGGCUGGCCAGACGGGGUGGGCGCCUCCACGGCGACAAAGAUCUCGCAGGAGCUCAAGGACCAUCUGAUCGAUCUUCUCAUGGACGACAUCGAGACCAUCAUCGAUGGCUUCUAUAACGAGGCGCCUGUCCUCGCCAAACACAAGCAUCUCCGCUUUAUCAAGCACCUCUCCGUUAAGGGCGAGCCGCCGACGGGCAUGGACGACCAGAAGAAGCUCCUCGAGGUCUGUACGUACGUACACGAGCAGGAAGAGGGAUCCAUGCGCACCGCUGAAAAGCUAGAGCCUGACGCGAGCGAGGAGAGGCAGAAGCUCCUCGCGGAGCAUAUCGCCAAGAAUCUGUGGGCGUACAUGGAGGCAGCACUUGUGCGCCUUGUGCUCGGGGAGUACGCGGAUGGAGAGAACGAGGACGAGCCAGCAGUGGGAGGUGAGCAAGAGGACGGCAUUAUCGUGGGCGGGGAGCAGAACGGUAUCGGCGACCUCGCAGCAGUUCCGACUGCAGAGACGUCGGUGGUCUCGCUGCCCGCAGGUGCGAUACCGGCCGAGGUUCAGGGAAUGCUCGACGACGCCCUCGCUGCAUUUGAGCAGGACAUGUCCGACGAUGAAGACGAGGAGGCCGCCGAGGAGCAAGACGAGAUCGUGUCCGACAACGAGGCGGAAGCCGUUCAAGGAGAGGAGGAUGACUCAGCCGACGUUGAAGCGGCCCUCGGUGCAGAUGCGGAUCAGCGCGCGCAGCAUCACUCGGCCAAGGCCGCGAUGAAGGAACGAAUGGAGGAGGGGGAGAGCUUGCAAGAGCAAGGAUACGAUCGCGCUUCACCCAGCGAAGAGGUGCAGUCGCAUGUGCAACAGAGGGAGAAAAGGAGCAGCGGUGGCGCGGGGGUAGCCAAGACGGUGCCCGGCUCGCGUACGCUCGCGGUCGAGUCUACGCCACCUCCGCAGGCCAGCUCACAUAGGGAGACGCAACACACCCGACGCUCUUCGCAGCAGCAGCGGCAAGAGCAGCAGCAACCUCAACGCGAAGCAUCACCACCUCCCAUUCAUUCCCCGCCUCCAAUCGACGAGCCGCCAGCCGACUUCCCAAUUGACGACGAGCAGAGGCAAGAGCAGGAAGCAGUAGCAGCAGCAGCAGCAGUCCCGCCCAUCGAACCUCAAGCACAGCCCACGCAGCCUUCACCACGUCGCUCUCAAACGGAAGUCACCAUGUCCAAGGCACAGCUGUCUCACGCCUUCAUGAAGAAAAAAUUCGGCGAUAAGGUCACGCUCAAAGAAUUGAAGGAUGAGGCUGCUGCGCGGGAGCAGGAGGAGCAGGAGGAGGCGAAUGAAGAGCCCAGCGCCAGCGCCAGCGCCAGCGCCAGCGCCAGCAGGAGCAAUGUCGUUGGGGUUCCCCCAUCACGACCGGUGGCUAGCACACCGCCUCCUCGUAAGCGCACUAAGACGCCCAACGCCAUGGAUGGUAGUAUGGGUGGAGGGGCAGAGAUGCCCGCCCUCCCUGCCGUCGCCGCUCCCGCUUCGACGAAACGCAACACGCCGCACGCGCAAGCUGCUCGUACCUCAGCCGCAAACGCAGCCGCUGCGGGCACACCGCGCAUCCCCAGCCACCAGAAUAUCGCAUUCCACGACUUUUCCCGCGACGAAGACGACCAUCUCGUGGAUCCGCUGGAAAAUGGUGACCAGGCUCCCCCGGAGGACGACGACUUCGAAGCGCAAGCUUUGGCACGUGCAGAAGAGGAGGAUGAGCGACAAGCGCGCCUGGUGGAGCGUCACAGGGAGAAGGAGAGGCAGCGUGGAUAUGACCUUGGCGAGGAGGGAGAGGAAGAGGAAAGGUACGAAGAGGAAGAAGAUGAGAUGCAGGAGAUAGAAGCACGACAAGCCAUCCGUCGUCGUCCCCACUCUGGCACGUCGAGACUCCCCACCGGGCCUGCGCCCGCACACGACCUCGGCGGUGCAAUGGCAAUGCGUCGCACGCCGCGGGGGCAAAGCCACCUCCCUCCCUCUGCACGUCAUCCCAGCCGGGAAGGCUCGACCAACAUCAUUGUCCCAUCAUCUUCGCGCCAGGCUGGUCGCACUGGCAGUGGCAGCGGUGGAGGUGCGACUGGGAUGCGUCGCGUCUCGUCUGGUGGUAGCCGGAGUGGCCACGAAGCCUUGCCCGUAUCGGUUCAGAGGAGGGCGAGCGCCUCACGCUCGGCGUAUGGGGAUGAGCUGCAACGAAGUGCGGGGAGGGAACGCUCCUACCCUCCUUCUCACCUCGGCGCCGUUGGUGGCGACACAUCACGCUCCCGCACCGGGAUCGAUCGGGACCGGGACCGGGACCGCUCCUCGCGUUCAUCUCGCCCGCCUCAUCGCCCGGACGCUUCCACUUCAACGUCGCACAAUCCCAACACCACCUCGGUGGACCUCCAACUAGCCAAAGCGCGCUACACUACCUCCCUUCUCCUCUUAGCAAAAGACUUCGGAUUCGCCCACACCCACCAACUCCAGCCUUUCCUCGCUCCCUUUGCCGGCGAACUUAAACGCGCCCGUGCUAAGCUGGAAAGACACUUUGUUGGGCUGGCCAGCGAGUAUGGCGUGGACCGGAUGACUGUUGUGGAUUUUGUGAGAGAGGCGGGGGGCAAUUUGAGGGAGGCGGAGCGAUUUUUGGGGGUCUUGGAGAGGAGUGUCGUUAGGAGGAAGGGCGGUGGGGUUGGUCUUGGGGUUGGCGAGGGGGCGAGUGAGAGCAGUGGGGAGGGCGAGGAGGUGGUGGGUGGUAGCGUGCUUGCGCCGCUGAUGGAGCGGGGAAGUGGGUGGGAGGACGAGGAGGGGCAGGAAGCAGAGGACGAGGAGGACGAUCUUUACGAGCAGCCAGCUCCUCCACAGCGUCGUCGCAGUGCUGGCGGGGUUUCACGCACAUCGCUCCCCUCUGCGACUGCUCGCGCGUCAGCGUCGUCGUCCUCCUCCAGGCUGGCAGCCGCAUCAGCGGCAGCCCCGCUAAAGCGUCCUCGCACCAGUUUGGCGCGGGACGAGCGGGACGUCUAUGAUGAUGAGGAGGAGGACGAUGAAGAUGAGUACGAUACACGCCCGCAACGUCAGCAGCCUCGCGUUCCGCAGCAGCAACAACAGCAGCAGCAACAGCGUCAAGCGCAACGACUGGGUCGAGGUGGCAGCAGACCAACACGCGGAGGGGAUGGCGUAGCCUCUACAUCGAGGCGUCGUCUGGCGUAAUCGCGCCCUGCGUGCCAGAUACAUAUUCACAUUCCUCUCGAUCAAUACCAUCGUUGUUAUACACGUGCUACUUCUUCUGAGGCUACUAAGGGGCGCCAGCGAUAGCGAUAGCGAUGGAUAGGCGAAUGAUAAUUCGAGACAACCCAGCCCACGUCGCCCUGAAGCUACAUCACAAGUACGCCUUGCC